UAUAAAUUCUUCUGCGAAAUGUAGAUCGCCUUCAGUUGUUAUUUUCUGUAUCCAGGAGAGCACUGAAUGGAUUAAUUUGCGAAAGUUAUAUUAAGUUUAAAAAAAAGGAUCGCGAAAUGGUGGCAAAUGAUCGUGCUAUUUUUACAAUUGACGAGAAAUUGGGUGGUGAAGGUGAAAAAUGUGAUAAAGAAGGAUGUGAUGAGAAGAAAAUUUCCCUCGAUGAAGCUCUCGAUCUGUUAGGUUUCGGAAGAGUUCAUCUACUGGUGGUUUUUGCUGCUGGACUGUGCCUUCUGACUGUGAUUAACGAGACGAUGGGCAUCGGCAUGCUUCUGCCGGCAGCACAGUGUGAUCUUGAACUCACAUCAGCUGAUAAGGGCUUGUUGAGCGCUAUCAGUUUUUUGGGAAUAAUGGUCACAUCACACUUUUGGGGCUACCUGGCAGACACAAGAGGUCGUAGACAGAUGAUCAUGAUCACCCUCUACAGCACCGCAAUCGUCACGAUCUUGUCGAGUGUGGCGCAGAAUUUUACUCUCUUUGUCAUUUUGCGCUUCUUAUCGGGCGUUAGCAUCUCUGGACCAUCUGCCGCAAUCUAUGCGUAUCUCGGUGAGUUGAAUCGCACAAAAAAUCGCGAUCCUGUCAUCACCUUCACGUGUACCUUUGCUGGAUUAUCUGCCGUCGUUGUCCCAGCCAUGGGAUGGUGGCUUCUACCCCAAACGUGGUCAAUUGAGAUCUACGAUGGUUUCUUCUUCCGCCCAUGGCGCCUACAGUUAAUCCUCCAUACACUUCCGGGACUCCUGGCGGCAGUUCUCUUCAAUCUCCUACCCGAAAGUCCCAAAUUUCUCGUAGCACAGGGAAGAACAGAAGAAGCUCUUGCUGUGGUGAAGUGGAUUCACAUGAAGAAUUCUGGCGGGAAAUUAGCUGAAAUGGAUAUUACGGAACUCACGUCUGAAGCUUCAGGGAUUCAGCACAAUGGGGGAUGUUUGAAGUCAAUGUGGAAUCAAACAGUUCCUCUAUUUACCUACCCCUACGUCGUUCGUUUUGUUGUCUUCUGCCUUAUUCAAUUUGGGAUCUUUUACACAUGUGCUGGCGUUGGUUUGUGGUUUCCAGAAAUUGUUAAUCGUAUUCUCCAAGCAAAAACCGAGGAGAGUCGAACAGUUUGCCAAAUGCUCGACUUUGCCCCAAAUGUGACGCAUUUGGAGCUACAAGAGGAGGUGUGCGAUGACUCCAUUGAUACGGAUACAUUUGUCUACAACCUCUUCUACGGGACCAUCUACGUGGUUGGCUACAUUAUCCUUGGAUUCCUCGUUAAGUACUUCGGCAGGCGAACUCUUCUUGUUGGUCUUUUGGGAAGUUCAGCAUUUGUAGGAUUGUCUCUGAUGUGGCUGACAAAUCACAGCGCAACUAUCCUCUUCCUGGCUAUGCAUCUCAUGUUUGCAGGCGUUUCAAUAUCCGUUGUGAAUUCCUCCGUUGUUGCCUUCUUCCCAACACACAUGAGGGCCAUGGCGAUGUGCAUAACGCUAAUGUUUGGACGUUUAGGCACAUUUGCCGGUAGCAACAUCAUUGGCUACCUCUUUGACAUCAACUGCCAUUUCACAUUUCUCAUUUCUGUUGGAUUGAUGAUCCUUUGUUCCACAGCAGCAUUCUUUAUCAAAUGAAAGUAAUUUUGAAUGACAAAAGUGAUCCAAUUUUAGAGACUGAAAGACACUUUUCACUCUUCAAACUUUCAAGCUCAUCACUAAUCAUCAUUCAUCAUUAACCCAAUUUAGUUUAGAUAAAUUUAUUGUUUUGUUAAAAUGUUAUAUUUUUAUUGAAUAAAUAGAUAUUUUUAUUAGAUUUGACUCUAGAAUAAAUAAAAAAAUAUUAAAUU